GUGAUAAACUUAUUAAAUAGAGUUAUUGAAACAUGUCAGAUAGGGACGACUCGUCUAAUUCUUCUGGUUCUGAUGAAGAGGAUGCACUUCUGCAAUCAGAGGAAGAGCUUUCCGAAAGUGGGUCGCCUUCUAUUGACAAUAUAACACUUGUGAAACCUGGACGUUCAAGUUACAUGCAGAAAAAGUGCAAGUACAUCGCAAAAUAUCCAGACCCAAAUGAAAGCUUACGAUUGAUUGAAGCUGAACUGAGAGGGAUCAAACUGAACAUCUCGCUAGCAGUCGCAAAGCUGGACGUCAGGCCUGGUUUCGUGUUUUGGCUUGAGAGGCUGUCCUCAUAUUUGAACCUUUAUGGGCUGCAUAUGUGCAAAACUGACCAUGUUUAUUUUGUUGAUAUGCUGUGUAAAAUUGCGACUAAUUUGGAUCUGGAACCUGUGAUUUGCAAUCGCGUUCUAGGAGUUUUAACGGACGGUUUGCUGCGGGGAUUUUACUUGCAGCCGAGUGAUUUAGACAUCGACUGGAGAUCUUGGUAUAAAUUGUACUACAAAUACCAUUUUGGGUAUGACAGCAGUAGGAGCAUUUUGAUCCAUCAAAGAAAUAUGGACUCACAGGUUGCUAAGACAGUAGUGCUAUUGCAAAAGUUUUUCUCAGUGGAAUCAACCCAUGAAAUCAUUGCUGAGGCGAAGCAAUACUUGGUACCAACCAGUUUAGUUCAUUCAGCUGGGGUGAGAAUUUUGUGUUUGUUUCUUCCAACGUAUAUCGAAAUAGGCAAAGAAUCUUUCGGAUACAAAGUGUGGUUUGACGAACUGAUGAACCUGUGGACGGAAAAUAUGAAUCUUGAAACCAUGGAAGAUGUUGACUUGAUAUCUUUAUUUCGUCGUCUCUCCAGGCACAACAUGGGAAGAAUUGAUUGGGAGCCUUUUUUGCCCAAGUUAUACACUCGGGUUUUGAAGUAUUUUGGACUCCCGCUAGCUCUGCCUAGAUCGGUCGGCGUCAGUGCUCUCGGGCGAAAGGGAACGAGCGACAAGUCGGGUCACGUAAUUCAGGCCUUAGCAGAACUCGCCGUGAAUACGAUAGAUCAUAAAAGUUCUGCUCUAGUCCAUUUGAAGCUUUUGUUCUCAAGCUUGCAGAAUUAUUAUCACCCGUCAAACCUAGUGGGUCCAAACACGACUAGGCUGACUUUCUUCAUGGGAAAUCUACUAAAGAGGUUCUUGGAAAGAGUCAUUGCAGAACGUGAGGAGUGUGAUAAAUGGAACAUGAAAAGACAAGCGACUGAAUCGUUUCUAACAGAAGAACAGAUCUCUGAGUUCGUCUCAAUUGUUGAGCCGUCUGUUUUACUCUCGGUAUUUAUCAAGGGUCAGUCAGUGUCGGCAAUGAGCUAUGAGACCAAUCCAUUGUUUUUUGUCCAGACAUUGGCAGUGUUGUCUCCGGAAACAGUUCUGCCCGAUAUCUUUGAAAAGCUAUACACGGCGUUGUCAUCAUUAACGGAGCCACACCAACUUACAGCGUCACUGCUCUCUAUGGCCUACGUGUGUCCUUCAGUACUCACUGAACCAGACAAGUUUCCAGGUGGUAGACUGAAGAUACUGCAGCUCCUGCCAGAACUGCUACCGACGAUAGAUGCAAACGAUCCGAGUAAGCUGGCAACUGCCACUGCUCUCUUGUCGGCCAUGUUCUUCCAGAUUCCUUUUGUAAAUUGCGCACAGGCAGGACUACACAACAAAAACUUAACUGAAGAGGAGCUAGAAUUGUGUCACUACACUGCGAACUUCGAAGAUAUUCUGGUGCAACUGGUCAAAAAAUACAUCAUCGUUUUCAACUCGAUGCGAUCCGUGGAGAACUUCAUGGAAGUGUCAACCGGAUCAUACCAAAAUGUAAAUGCUGCCAUCAAAAGCGUCGGAUCUCAUCUGAUCAACUCGUUGACAGCCUGUCUGACUUCAUUAAUAGCGAACUGCUCUAAAGAGAUAGCAAAACUGUUAAUUCAAGAGUUAUUUAACUACAUCUCAACCACGAUUAUCAACGUAAACUCUGGUUUUGGAUUCAUAUCUAAGGUUUUCACAUUACCAGCAGUUGAAGCGCAUCCAGACAUAGCUGGGCCUAUGUAUGUGCCACAUGUGCUGGGCAAGUUGCGUCAAUUAGCAAACGGACAUAAUUUGGUAUCUGAAACAGAAGUGGACAAGGAAUUCUUGUGGUAUGCGGCAGUUUUUGACAGUUUCGCCAGCUUCAGAGGCCACGAGUUCGAACCCCAGCUGUUCGAGUGUCUGCAGCUACUACUCAAGGCCAAACACGUGGACAUAUACCGACGGGCGUGUACAGUGUUGCAGGGACUGUUAGCAUCUAGACUGAGCCCAUGUGUUUUACCUAGUUAUUGGCUAGGAAGGACGAAAGAGUCGCUGGGAUUUGAUAAAUAUGUACCCAUUAUUGAAAUAGGCCGACCAAUGGACCUGAAGAGUCUCCAUGUAGAGUGGAGGAUGCCAGACUGCACUGGAGUUGCAUUUGUUGAGAGGCUAGUGGAGGAGAUUAUGCAGCCAUGUGUUGACAAGCUCACCCACUUCUCAGAACAAGUCCUCGCUAAUACUCAAAAGCCGAAAAGUUCGACGUCCAAUUUUAAGGAUCAAACAAAAGCAUCACGAAAGCAGUCUUUUAGUCGUGAAGACCUCGUGAAAGAACUCACAAUCGUCCACAGUUUCGUUGAGGGUCUUGCUUGUAGUCUGGCUGGUCUAGAUUCCGAACACAUUCUGACAACGUCACAGAAAUGCGAACUAACUCCACAUUUAUACAAUGAAGAGUACCUCACGAAAAGUUUCAAGCGAUACAACACCUUGAGGAAAGAUUUAGCAAUGAAAAUGCAUGAUUUGUUAAAUGCUAUGUUGAGCAAUGAUAUUCAGGAAAAUGACACAAAAUCUUUAGUUUAUGUGUCCAAAAUUCUGCGUCUUUUGCUGCUAGAGGUCGGAGGAAAAUCGAAGUUGAUGCAAAACUUUUGCCAGACAAAAACAUCCAAAAAUUACUUGCUGGGAAAGAAAAGAUUCAAGGAAAAGAAACUAUUAUACGCUCCUAUGGAAGUAAAUGAGAUCCUGUUGCAUUACAAGCUCACCAAGACGUGGCGUCGUACACCGGGUCUAUUCGGACCAACUUGUGCUCUUCUGGCCAACGACAUCUGGAAACUGGCCACCAGCAGAUACCCAGUAGUUAGAAGCGACGCUCAUAUCUCAUUAUCAACCCUGAUUCACGUGUACAAAUACAGUUCAAGGAUAUUUGUGCCUCUAAUUGAGAAAACGCUCUUAAACCCGAAAUCCUAUCAUCAGUAUAAAGGAGCACUGCAUGCAUUAUGUGCCUCGAAUUCAGGAUCAACAUUGUUGGAAAUUAUGGAUUUUGAAGUGCAACACCAAUUAUGGAUAGCAGUGUUAAACUGUUAUUCCACUGAAGUCAAAAAAGAGUCGCAAAGUGUAUCUAUCAUCGAGGGUGAAUUAGCCGAUGGUGGCGAUAGUCUGCUCGGAAAUGUGAUUGAGUCUGAUUUGAAAACAGCAAAAUUGAAUGCGGAUGGAAAGCAAGACGGCCAAGGCGAUGUAUCUCAGAAAGAUACUCUUAAUGGGAUGAAACAUGCUGAUGAUCCGUCUUCGGAUGACAACGAGGAUCCCAAUGAGUUCAAAAAACGGGAGUCGGUUCUGGAAAUUCUUAAUCGUCUCUAUGAGCGAAUCACGAAUAAUUGCACGACCGUGUCGAUAUUUUACUCGAUGGCCAAAGAGAGCCGAGAUUUGGCUGCUAAAUUUUUAGAGGCAGAAGGAACCGCAGUAGUAGACUUAAAAAGAAGCGACGAGAUACUAGACAAAGAGAACGAGGAGCGAAUGAGCUGCGUGAAGAACAUAGUGAACGAUCUGUGUGCCAUUCUGGAGAAACAGAACGUGCACAAAUCUGUUCACACUACUGCCCUUCGUAUGCUGCAAUAUACAUGUAUGAGACGGGACUGGUCACAAGGUACUCCUCGGAGAGUAGCCAAACUGGUACUGGAAGCGACACUAAGUGAGACUGCAGCCAUUCGUCACUGUGGCUACAUUCUGACCAGACUCCUGUUGGAAAUCAACAAAGUUAGGGCUCUCAAAUCGGCCAAGCCACUCUACCAAUUGUAUAAUGCAACUCAUGGUACCGCCUUGGACCUAACACAAGCCGAAAAGUUAGACGAAAAACAGUUGAAAAAAUGGAUCAGUUACUCUCGCGAUAUAGAACUAGAUGCUACUGACUACAAUAAUCGGCAGUUUGUAGACCGAAAUUUCUACAUGUUCAACUGCAAAGCAGAGGGUGUAGUGCGAGACUUGUACGCGACUCCGAAAAAAUUGAGUUCUCAUUUUUCGACUGAAAUGCAGCAGGAAAAACUGACAGAAGUUCAAACAUUUGUGAUCAGUUGGUUCUCUGAGGCACAUAAUAUUGAAUUAUUUGUGAAACAUCUCAGCGCCGAAGAGAAAAAAGUGGGAGUUAAUUCGGAGCAAAACUCACGAGAACGCGGAAAAUUCUGUCGAUACAAAAUUUGGCAGUUCAUUUUUAGAUUUCUGCAAGAAAAAGCGUUUGACAUUUUCAACGCUCCUGUGCGAAAAGUUGUGACUGAAACGACAGAUAGUUCGCAUAGGUUUUUAGCUGAGUUCUGCUGCGGAGCCAUACAUGCUUCGAAGUUGUGGACUUAUGAGCAGUGUGAGAAGUGUAAAGAGUAUAUUUUACCAAUAGUUGAGGCCAAGAUAUCGGUAGCGACUCAAGAUUCAAUGCCUGUGUGGGAUACCUUCUUCUCGCAUGCUAUCAAGGAUUUUGACCCCAUGAGGAUCCAGUGGCUGUUCGAGUGGCUGUUUCAAAAGUUAUCUACCUCAUUUUUCCCGACAGAAUACAACAGAAAUGGCACUCUGCUGGCGAAUGCUGUGAACAACUUGCUCGUGUGUAUGAACUUCGAGGCCAACAGUCUGAAGGAGAGACACAUGCACUUCAUGAUGGAUUUCAUGGGCAGCAGGUUCACAAAGUACCGAACAGUUGCUUGUCAGAGUGUGUCCAGCUGCAUUGCAUACUACCACAGUCAGAAGUGGUGGUGCAGAUCGGAUGAAGCCAUUAUGGACUUGACUCACCUGUGCUCGGAUUGGUGGAUGCCUGUCGCCAAUCAGCUUAGCCGUAAGGACUUUGUGGCCCCUUCGUCAAAUGACGAGAACAGUGCAGAGUCAGAAUCGGCAGCAGUUCUCAACAAAAUGAGUUCAAUCUCGCAGAUCAUCAUGUCUCUGCUCUCCUUCUCGGCCCUGAGCAACAACACGGCCCUCCUGUACCCCCUUCUGCCGGCACUCUGUCUGGUAGAUGGACUGGACCCAGAGCCAGACCACGUGAGGAUAGCUGUCAGUAAUGUGCAGAAGAUAGCAAUGGCGCCUCUCUUGCAGUCACACGCAUUUCAAGUCCUGAGGAAGAGUAUCGAAAAGAUGAGUGAAAGUGGUGUGGCGUGGCGCAGCAAACGACUCUGUCUCGUUUUCCUCCAACAGCUAGCUCUGUCAAACCUCUUUCUCAUUCUUAACCCAUCCAGUAUUAUUGCAUCGAGUGGUUCGUGCGUUAAAACAGUCACACAUACAACAGGAUCAGAUGGCGACACCCAAGGGGAGGGAAGAAGAGAGGAGGACCAGAAACAGUUUCUGAAAACGAUCCAAUCGGUCAUCAUAUCUCUACUCAAGGACGACAAAUUAGAGGUCAGAGAACUAGCAUCUAGUACACUUAGUGGAUAUAUUCACUGUGGACUCAUCACUAUAGACAAGAGUCUCCUCAAGAAGUUCGCAAAGCUCAGGGCUGCUUCCAAGCUCACGUCCAAACCAAUUUCCAAGUCUUCAGUGGUCACAGAUCCAGGAAUGAGUGGUAGCACAAGUACUAGUAGCAGUGCACUAAUAGAGCGACAUGCGGGCGUGUUGGGCCUGAAGGCUUGCAUCACAGCAUACCCCUACACAGUACCCGAGUGGAUGCCGGAAGUCCUGAUGGCACUGGCUGACCACGUCUGCGACCCAACUCCCAUCGAGGCCACAGUUCGAGAUACUCUGAUGGACUUCAAGCGGACUCAUCACGACAACUGGACUAGACACAAAGAGAGCUUCACUGAAGACCAGAUAAACACAUUGAACGACAUCCUAAUAUCACCCUCUUACUACGUCUGAAGAUAAUAGUGGGGAGAUAGAGAAAAAAAAUCAUAAGAAUAAAUAACAGAAACAUUAAUAAAUACUGACUUGAUUUUUCUUCGGAUAUCAGUAAAUAUCAAUAGACAAGAGCUAGUAUUGUUCUGGGCGUAAUAUUUAAUCAAUUGAAUUCAAAACAAUGAAAUUGGAAAAAAACUGUUCUUAUAAGCCAUCAAUUGCAUUUUAGUAUGCAGAAAUAAUCGAC